CACAGCAAAUAUAGCAACAAAUAUCUCAAUUCGCAUUUUCCAAAGCCACGAAACGUGCAUUGAGUUUGGAGCGAUAUCUGAAGUGAAGAUUGAAGACGUGAUAGAAGAUGGACGACUACUGCUAUGCUAAGAUGGCGACGUCCGCUAAAAGAGAACAUGAAAGAGAAUCAGCGCCACCAACUUCCAGCAAAUCACCAACGGAGAUAAAGACGAAAGAUGAAGACGUCCAGCAGCUGAUCGGUAAUCCAGAAGAAGUUUCCCCUCAGUUAGGGGGGAGCUCCACUUUGAAGCAGGAGACUCCACAACCACCCUGCAUUAAAAAGGAAGAGGAGGAACUCUGCAUCACUCAGGAGGGAGAGUGUCUUCUAGGACGAGAGGAAGCUGAUUACACCAAGUUUCCACUGAGUAUUCUCUCUGUGAAGACUGAAGAUGAUGAAGAGAAACCACAAGUAGACAACCUCUUAGCUCUAUCAGAUAGUGAGGCUGAAGACGAGGUUGAAGAACCUUUGAGCAGCGAUAAAGACUGUGAAGACGUCCAGCAGCUGAUCGGUAAUCCAGAAGAAGUUUCCCCUCAGUUAGGGGGGAGCUCCACUUUGAAGCAGGAGACUCCACAACCACCCUGCAUUAAAAAGGAAGAGGAGGAACUCUGCAUCACUCAGGAGGGAGAGUGUCUUCUAGGACGAGAGGAAGCUGAUUACACCAAGUUUCCACUGAGUAUUCUCUCUGUGAAGACUGAAGAUGAUGAAGAGAAACCACAAGUAGACAACCUCUUAGCUCCACUAUCAGAUAGUGAGGCUGAAGACGAGGUUGAAGAACCUUUGAGCAGAGAUAAAGACUGUGAAGGUGAUAUGAGGACUCACACUGACAACAAACACUCUGAAUGCUCUACAAAGAAGAGAGCUAGCUAGCUGCUAAGCUAGCGCGGAGAAAGGCAGCGCCGGUCAGUAAGAAGCUACUCCUACAGACCGCGACCACUUCCCUGAGGACAGCAGGAACUUCACUCGGUGACAGAAAACACUGUGAGUAAUGGCUUCCUGCGCGUCUUGCACCAUACUCACGGAGAGGUUGGCUCUGCUAGAGGGCCGUGUCCGCCAGUUAGAGCAGAGUAAUGUCGUAACUUUAGAUGUUGCGGACACAUCUGCUAGCGUUAGCUGUAGCGAGCUAACUAGCCCAGCUUGUAGCAGUCCUAAGCGGCCUACAAGCUACGGUGUACCGGUUGAGACGCAUAAUAGAUUUAGUUCUUUAGCUAGUCCUACACCCCAGUCUACCGGGCACCACACCUUAGUUAUAGGGGACUCCAUCACCCGAAACAUAAAGCUUAGCAAACCAGCCACAAUAAAGUGUAUCCCCGGGGCCAGAGCACCUGACAUUGAAGCUAAUCUUAGGGAGCUAACUCGCAACAGGCCUAGUAAACACGUACGACAGGCUAAUCGCACCACUAAUUAUGCGAAUAUAGUUGUACACGUUGGCUCCAAUGACACUAGAAUGAGACAGUCAGAGAUUACAAAGAGAAACAUAGCCAGGACUUGUGAUCUCGCCAGAAAGAUGUCCAGGCAUCGAGUAAUUGUCUCUGGCCCCCUGCCUGCGAGAGGCAAUGAUGAGAGAUAUAGCAGAUUAGUCUCGCUUAACAAGUGGUUGGCUAGCUACUGUAGGCAGCAGGGACUAACGUUUAUUGAUAACUGGCCCUCUUUCUGGGGCAAACCAGGCUUGCUGAUGAGAGACGGCCUUCACCCUAACCAGGAAGGCGCCAUCAUCCUGUCUAGAAACAUAGACUACUAUUUAAGUCUCACUUGACUGACUACACUAGAGCAAGCCCGGUCACAGGCAAUUACAAUGUCUGUUAGUCCGGGUGAGGAGUCAGUUAAGCUAGAACUAGCCAGCGCCAGGCUGGAUAAUCCAUGUACGCAUAGCAAUUCUCUUAGAAUAAUACACAAUUCACAUAAUGUUUUUUCUGUUGUGUCUGUGUCAGGGGUGGACAUGCAUUCUACUGAGGUGGCAAAUUAUGAUAUGUCCAGUCUAUUGCAGCACCAAGCAAACAAUCGGAAAAUUCCCGUCAUAUCAAUUCCUAGAUAUGGUCGAAACUAUUUAAAGUGCACUACGCAUAAUAAACGCAACAUUGUUAAUAUUGCCACUACGGAUAAUCUUAACAAAAACUCGUCAAAACAGCCCAAUACCUAUAAUAUGGGCUUUUUAAACAUAAGAUCAUUGUCUCCCAAGGCGUUAUUGGUUAAUGAGGUCAUUAGAGACAACAAUCUUAACGUCAUUGGUCUUAGCGAAACCUGGCUCAAACCGGACAAAUUUUUUGCGCUCAAUGAGGCAUCUCCUCCUAACUAUACGAAUGCGCAUGUUGCCCGCCCUCUUAAAAGGGGAGGGGGUGUCGCACUAAUAUACAAUGAAAAUUUCAACCUUACCCCUAACCUAAAUAAUAAAUAUAAAUCGUUUGAGGUGCUUACUAUGAGGUCUGUCACACCGCUACCUCUCGACCUGGCUGUUAUCUACCGCCCCCCUGGGCCCUAUUCGGACUUUAUCAGUGAAUUCUCAGAGUUCGUUGCUGAUCUAGUGACGCACGCCGACAAUAUAAUCAUAAUGGGGGACUUUAAUAUCCAUAUGAAUACCCCAUCGGACCCUCAGUGCGUGGCGCUCCAAACCAUAAUUGAUAGCUGUGGUCUUACACAAAUAAUACAUGAACCCACGCAUCGCAACGGUAAUACAAUAGAUCUAGUGCUUGUCAGGGGUGUCACCACCUCCAAAGUUAUGAUACUUCCAUAUACUAAAGUAAUGUCCGAUCAUUACCUUAUAAAAUUUGAAGUUUUGACUCUUUGUCAACAAGCUAAUAAUAAUAAUAACUGCUAUAGCGGCCGCAACAUUAAUGCUGCCACAACGAUGACUCUUGCUGACCUACUGCCUUCGGUAAUAGCACCAUUCCCAAAUUAUGUCGGCUCUAUUGAUAAACUCACUAACAACUUUGACGAUGCCUUGCGCGAAAUUAUUGAUAGUAUAGCACCGCUAAAGCAAAAAAGGGCCCCUAAAAGGCGCACCCCAUGGUUUACAGAAGAAAUUAGAGCUCAUAAAUUAUCAUGUAGAAAACUGGAACGCAAAUGGCGCGCGACUAAACUUGAGGUUUUCCAUCAAGCAUGGAGUGAUAGUUUAAUAACUUAUAAACGCAUGCUUAUCUUAGCUAAAGCUAAAUACUACUCAAAUCUCAUCCGCCUCAACAAAAACGAUCCUAAAUUUCUGUUUAGUACAGUAGCAUCGCUAACCCAACAAGGGACUCCUCCCAGUAGCUCCACCCACUCGGCAGAUGAUUUUAUGAAUUUCUUUAAUAAGAAAAUUGAACUCAUUAGAAAGGAGAUUAAAGACAACGCAUCCCAGCUACAACUGGGCUCUAUUAACACAAAUACGACUGUAUAUACGACGGACACUGCCCUCCAAAAUAGUCUCUCUAUUUUUGAUGAAAUAACAUUAGAGGAAUUAUUACAGCGUGUAAGUGGGAUAAAACAAACAACAUGUUUACUUGACCCACUUCCUCGGAAACUUAUCAAGGAACUGUUUGUAUUAUUAGGUCCAUCAGUGUUAAAUAUUAUAAACUUAUCACUUUCCUCCGGCACUGUUCCCCUAGCAUUCAAAAAAGCGGUUAUUCAUCCUCUGCUCAAAAGACCUAACCUCGAUCCUGACCUCAUGGUAAACUACCGACCGGUCUCCCACCUUCCGUUUAUUUCCAAAAUUCUCGAAAAAACUGUUGCACAGCAGCUAAAUGAACACUUAGUGACUAACAAUCUCUGUGAACCUUUUCAAUCCGGUUUCAGGGCAAAUCACUCUACGGAGACAGCUCUCGCAAAAAUGACUAAUGAUCUAUUGCUAACGAUGGAUUCUGAUGCGUCAUCUAUGUUGCUGCUUCUUGAUCUUAGCGCCGCUUUCGAUACCGUCGAUCAUAAUAUUUU